UCUCAGAGGUCCUUGAAUGCAGCACUAGCUUAUCUCAGUUUAGCUAAGCUAACAUAACUGUAUACUAUAAAGCAGCCUCAUUGUCUGCCAGCUAAAGCAUACCCACGGUAAGCUCCGGGGCAGUUAACAGAGUCAGUGUUUUAAAGUGCUCAGUUAGCUAGUGUUCGUUACAAUGUAGCUAACUUAGUAGCGCCGUACAAAGGAGCGUUCCACAGGGUUACACAAAGUUAAUGGUGUGAGUUAAGUAGCCCUCAGUUAGCUCAGGGUGGCAGCCAGCGGCUCAGCCAGCAGCGUGUUAAAGCCCCUCCACAGACAGUUCUCCGAUUCCACUCCUCUGCUGGCACUUAACACAGCGACACCUAAUCCAAACUUAAAGCGGCGAGAGGUUGCCAAAGCAGCACCAUCUCCACUCCUUCAAAACGGGACUACCUGCUCCUAUUUCUUCACAUUUGUGCUUGUUUUAAACGGCGGGCUUCAUCACCCGGAGCGCUUAUCCCCGAGCAGCCCGACAAGGGCUGCUGCUUGAGGAUAGUGGGGGCUCUCUAAUGAUCCCACCAUUCAUCCAAUGAACCCCUUUAACUCCAUGAAACCCUCCCUGCCUCCCACUCCACAAAGCACUGACGGCCCCUUCCUAAAUGAGCCAGUCUCCUGGCAACCAGGCACCAAUCAGCACGCAAGAUCUCUCUCUGUAGUAACCACAGUGUGGGGCGUGACCAAUCCCACACACAGCCAGGUGUUUGGAGCACCAAUGGGCCCCGGUGAGAGUUCUGGUGGUCACAUAAUGCCAGUUGGCAGCCCAGGGAUGGGCGGCAGCAUGGGCUCCCAGUUUAUAGGCCAGCAGUCAUACGGAGAUGGCGUGUCUAAAGGCUACGGCCAGCCAGUCAUGUAUGGACGUCCCAGCGCCGCCUACAACCCAGCUUCAGCAUAUGGAGGAAGUUACUCUGGUAACGGUGGAGGUGCCGGCCUGGGUGUUCGUGCUCCCUCAGACUUCACUCAGGCUGCUGCCGCUGCUGUUGCUGCAGCCGCUGCCACAGCCACCGCUACAGCCACGGCAACUGUUGCAGCAAUACAGGAAAAACAGAACCAGGAGCUGAGUUACGGUCAGAUGGCUGGAGCAUCCCCUUAUAGCAACCAGUUCCUGUCGCAUUCGGGCCCCCGUGGCCCCCCAGGAAUAAACCAUGGUGGGAUGGUUCCCUUGAGGCCUGGACUGCCACCGUCCACAGGUAGCUUGUAUCCCUCUCACCCUGCGCAGGCUCAGAGGAUGCCCCAGCACGGAGGCUUCUCAGGCGGUCAGCAAGGCCUCAAACGGCCGUUUCAUUCAGAGGGUUUCCCAGGGCAACAAUACAACUCCGGGGGGAUGCCUGGGUAUUCUAACCAGCCUCUGCAAUACCCCACUGGUCCACAGCAGAGAUGUGCGCCGUCACCUUCUUACCCCUCCAGUCGGAUGCCUCACAUGGUACCAUACACAUCUGGAACCCACAACCCAACGCAGUUCUCUCCUGGUGCCGGCCAGCCCAAUCCUCCGCAGUUUUAUAAGUCAGAGCCUUUUAAUGGCCAGGGCAGCCUACCAUCUGGAGGAGCCGGGGGAUACAAUGCCUUCACACAGGCUGCAGUUAACGGGCCGGGUCGAGGUGCAGUGAUACCUGGAUACCCCAGCUCACCAAUGGGAGGGAAUCCCACCCCGCCAAUGACGCCAGGGAGCUCCAUCCCCCCCUACCUUUCCCCAGGCCAGGACACCAAGCCUCCCUACCUUCCGCUGGACUCCAAAGCCAACAUUAGCACCCAGCAACCCUCUACAGGUAAUCCUAGUGAUGACCUGCGUCUGACAUUCCCGGUCCGAGACGGUGUCGUGUUGGAGCCAUUCCGAUUGGAGCACAAUCUUGCUGUCAGUAACCAUGCGUUCCAGCUCCGAGAUUCUGUCUACAAAACGCUGGUGAUGAGACCAGAUCUGGAGCUGCAGUUCAAAUGUUACCACCAUGAAGACAGGCAGAUGAACACUAACUGGCCUGCCUCUGUGCAGGUCAGCGUUAAUGCAACUCCUCUUUCCAUUGAGAGAGGUGACAACAAAACCUCCCACAAACCCCUGUACCUAAAGCAAGUAUGUCAACCAGGACGCAACACUGUGCAGAUCACUGUGACGGCAUGCUGCUGUUCCCACUUGUUUGUGCUGCAGUUAGUGCACCGACCCUCUGUCAGGUCUGUCCUGCAGGGCCUGAUGAAGAAGAGGCUGCUGCCGGCCGAGCACUGCAUCACCAAGAUAAAGCGAAACUUCAGCAGCGGCACCAUCCCUGGGACCCCUGGUCUAAAUGGAGAGGACGGAGUGGAGCAGACGGCAAUCAAAGUUUCCCUCAAAUGCCCAAUCACGUUCAGACGAAUCCAGCUGCCAGCCAGAGGCCACGACUGCAGGCACAUACAGUGUUUUGACCUGGAGUCUUACUUGCAACUGAACUGCGAAAGAGGGACAUGGAGGUGUCCUGUGUGCAAUAAAACAGCUUUGCUAGAAGGCCUGGAGGUUGACCAGUACAUGCUCGGGAUUCUUGUCUACAUACAGAAUUCUGAUUACGAGGAGAUCACCAUCGACCCAGUGUGUGGCUGGAGGCCAGUGCCGAUCAAACCUGACAUCCACAUAAAGGAGGAGCCCGAUGGUCCGGUCCUGAAACGCUGCCGCACGGUCAGUCCGAGUCACAUGGUCCUGCCGAAUGUGAUGGAAAUGAUCGCAGCUCUGGGACCCGCAUCGUCCCCAUACCAGAGUCUGAGCGCGGGGGGAAGGAACACCCCUGACUACAGCCGGCCAGGAAGCCAGGGAUUCUCGGGCCAAACAGGAUUUCCAGACUUCCCCAACACUCCUGGGACCCCAACGCUCGGAGAGUACACCUCCUCUGGACCACCACCGCCCCUGCCCUACCAGUCUGAGCCGGUUGCCCACACUGGUGGAAUCGAACACUCGCACAGCAUCCUCCAGCAGCACGUAUCCGGAGUCCAUAACAACCAGAGUCUUGGCGAGGCCGGCAGCCCACUAGCACAGAGGAGCUCAGCUACACAGAACCCACGGCUGCAGGGUGAAGGCUCCUUCGGUCUGGGGGGUUCUGGAGGGGAGGGGGCCGACCAUGCUCUAGAUCUUCUUCCUGAGCUGACUAACCCUGAUGAGCUGCUGUCUUACCUGGGACCACCUGACCUCCCAAACAACAGCAGCGAUGACCUGCUGGCGCUUUUUGAAAACAACUGACGUGGAUUCAGCAGGACACAUCAGCUGAAGAGGGUGGCCAGCCCCUGUUUGCACCCACUUUAGUGUGCGUGUGCAUACCAGUGUUUUUGUUUGUCUUUUGUCUUUAAGUGUCCUACUGUACUCUGAAAUCCUUUCAGUGCAGUGUAGAGGUGCAUGAAGGAACAUGGUGAGUGAAGAAAAAAGAGCCUGACUCUGCAGGCCAGCAGUAUAAACACAAGCCUCAGACUGGAGGGGGGGGGGGAUAUGAGAGCGAUGGUUGAAGCUGAAGGAUGCAUACAUUAGCUCUGCUGUAGCUGCUUCAUGUUACGAUAUACAUUUAACAUGUUUUGUGAAAAGCAGCAGGUUCCCAUCUGUAGGUGUGUCACUGCAACUCUAAGACAUCAGUGAACCAAAUGACUAAAUAUCUGUGUUUUUAUACUGAAACAGUGUGAUGAGGGAAACUGACUGCUGGGAUUGUUUUCUGGAACAUGUUUCCUAACAGAAAAUGUUUUUAUAUUUGAAGAUUAAAGGUCCUCACACAUACAGCAACAAGUAAUAUUGAAACAAUAUAUAACACAUUUAUUUGAUUUGUUCGAAGAUGCAUUUCUGUGGUCCAGAAAUCUCUGCGAUGCUCUUCGGCUGACAUGAUGAAGUCAACGAUUAAAUAUAAGCUCCUUAUGUUUUUUCAAAUCAUGCACCUUAUUGGCUUAUUAACAGUAUGAGAUUUUAAGUAAAAAUACCACAGUAUGGUAUUUACACAAACAUGCACAACAUGAUUUAUUUGGUUUUAUUUUAAACAAAAACACAAUAAAUAGUUUAGUUCUUUGUGCACAGAAUAAUAUAGCGAGUUGUCUACCGUUACCACUCCUGUUUAGUCCACAUGCUGCCUGUACAAUCACCUUUGUGUGAGCCUUGGUGGUGUGCAGAGCUGGACAUAAAGGGGUGAUGAACCAGACAAUGCUUUCAUUAGCCGCAAUCGGCUAUUGGUUGGCUUUUAUUCCUCUCACAGCCAAACAUUAGACUUUUUAAAGGUAUCAACAUUCAUCUUCAAUGGCAAAUAGGGGAAUAAAAACCUGCCUUAUAGAUCGUUUUUAUGUGUGAAGAUCUUUAGUUUUCUAUGGCAUUUCAUGGUAUUUUUAUUGCAUCAAAGAUAUAAAAAUCAAAACCAACAUCA